AUGGACAAAACCGCCGCCGCCGCCGAUUUCCGCCCCCCAAUGCCGCCGCCGCCGUUCUCCCCCGGCGAGCCCAGCCGUCCCAGAAAGAGGAAGCGCACCAAAUUCCCCAGAAACCCCGACCCGAACCCACCCAAACCCUCCCGGAAACCCGACCCGUCCGCCCCCAAGAUCACCCGCCCCUGCUCCGAGUGCGGCCGCAAGUUCUGGUCCUGGAAGGCCCUCUUCGGCCACAUGCGCUGCCACCCCGAGCGCCGCUGGCGGGGCAUCGACCCCCCGCCGUGUCUCCGCCGCCCCGAAACCCCCUCCGCCGCCUCCACUGCCGGCGGCGGAAACUCCUCCUCCAAGGAGGAGGAUGAUGAGGAGGAGGACAAUGAGAUCGCCGCGUGCCUCCUGAUGCUGGCCGGAGCGCCCCCCGCCACCGACCGGAACUCGCCGGUGCACUAUUCCGACGACCUUGGGCCGCCAGCGGCGGCCUUCGAGUGCUCGUGUUGCAAGAAGGUUUUCAGUUCCCACCAGGCGCUUGGGGGCCACCGUGCAACCCACAAGAACGUCAAGGGCUGCUUUGCAAAUACCAAGAAUAGCAUAAUCGACGGUCAGGAUUUCAUCGAGGGCUGCUGCUCGGUAGACAAUCAAAUCCUUAACGGGCACAAAUGCAAUAUCUGUUUUAGGGUUUUCUCGAGCGGGCAGGCUUUGGGAGGGCACAUGAGGUGCCAUUGGGAGAAGAUUGAUGAACCAGUUUGUAGGGUUUUUGGGUUCGAUUUGAAUUUGGCUGCUCCGAUUCAUGAUGAUGAUGAUGAUGAAGUUUGUUAUUCGGGCCGGGCUUUGGAUCUGAGGUUAGGGCUUUGA